GACAAGAGAGUGGAGGAAACUAGAGUGAGUAGCUGGGGGGAGGGGGAGAGAGAGAGAGAGACCAGAAUGAGAUUAUGACCAUGAUCAGCAGGAGAGAGCUAUUCUAGUUUGAGGGGAUUUGGUAAAAAUAUUGGUAACGUCGACUCAAAUUCCUUGGAUAGAUAGAUAGAUAGAGAGAUCACAGCAAGAAAUCAUUCAUCAUCAUCAGCAGCAGCAGCAAAACACUCCCCUCUCUCUUUUUGUGUGUUGUAAAAAUUACAGCGUUUUUUGUGUGGAUGCGAGGUCAAAAACAGAAGCAGUUUCGUAACUGAAACAGAGAGAGAGAGAGAGACUGAGCCACUCCCCACUGCUUGCUUCCUAUAUAUAAUUAUGAAAGAAAAAUGAAAUCUUGCAUAACCGUCAUGCCUGCUUAGACUUUGCUCAUUUAAUGGGGUAGUUCUUUACUGCCUGAAAGCCCUUUUCUUUCCUUCUCUCGUUCAGCUUCGAUCUUUUUAGUGGAUUCAUUCUCUUUCUUAACUCCGUUGUUUUCUCUCGGCUUCUGUUGCACGACCUUGCUUGCCUGGCUGUUUUGAUGGCUCAUGCUGAAAGAGCAGGUGAUAAUCUGUAUACAGAGCUAUGGAAGGCAUGUGCAGGGCCAUUGGUGGAUGUCCCAAAGGAUGGAGAGAGAGUUUUUUACUUUCCUCAAGGUCACAUGGAACAAUUAGAAGCAUCAACAAAUCAAGAACUGAACCAGCAAAUCCCACGGUUUAAUCUUCCUCCUAAGAUCCUUUGUCGUGUUGUAAACAUUCAACUUCUGGCUGAACAGGACACGGAUGAGGUUUAUGCUCAGAUUACUCUGCACCCAGAAGUAGAUCAAACCAAACCUACAAGUCCAGACCCUUGUCCACCCGAGCCGGCAAAGCAAACAGUUCAUUCCUUUUGCAAAAUUCUAACAGCUUCUGAUACGAGCACCCAUGGAGGUUUCUCUGUUCUCCGAAAGCAUGCAACUGAAUGCUUGCCUCCUUUGGACAUGAGCCAAGCAACGCCUACUCAGGAACUGGCUGCCAGAGAUCUUCAUGGCUAUGAGUGGCGGUUCAAGCAUAUAUUUAGAGGUCAACCACGGAGGCAUUUGCUUACAACAGGAUGGAGCACAUUUGUCACUUCCAAAAGACUGGUUGCGGGAGAUUCUUUUGUGUUUCUUAGAGGUGAUAAUGGGGAAUUGCGAGUUGGGCUUCGGCGUGUUGCUUGUCAGCAAAGCUCCAUUCCGUCAUCUGUGAUAUCCAGCCAAAGCAUGCAUUUAGGAGUGCUUGCGACUGCCUCUCAUGCUGUUUUGACACACACUCUCUUUGUUGUGUACUACAAGCCAAGGACGAACCAGUACAUCAUUGGGCUGAACAAAUAUCUGGAGGCUGUUAAGAAUGGAUUUUCUGUUGGUAUGCGCUUCAAGAUGAGAUUUGAGGGAGAGGAUACUCCUGAAAGAAGGUUCACAGGGACCAUAGUUGGAGUUGGAGAUAUUUCUCCAGAGUGGUCUGGUUCUAUGUGGCGGUCGUUGAAGGUUCAUUGGGAUGAACCAGCAACAAUUCAAAGGCCAGCGAGAGUUUCUCCAUGGGACAUAGAGCCUUUUGCAGCUCCUGCUUCCCCAAAUCUUACUCAACAGGUGGUGAAGAGCAAAAGGCCCCGAUCCAUGGAUAUUCCUACAUCUGAGAUUACAACAGAUCCAGCUGCUUCAGCUUUCUGGUACCAUGGACCAACCCAAUCUCGUGAGUUAAUCCAACGAGGGAGUGUUACUGAAGUUCAAAGCUCUGAAAGCCAUGUCUGGUCUAUGAGGCAGAAGGAUAUUGAUAGCAAUCUCAAUAAUAGCGGUGGCUGUAACUCAAGGGGACCAGAAGGAAUCUGGCCGCCUUCAUCUCACAUGAACGUCUCUCUCAACUUUUUUCCAGAUCCAGCAGGGGACAACAAAUGUGCUAAAACACAGUCUAUUAUCUCUGGUUUUGCCUCUUCUAUAUCAAGGCAAAGCAAUGGCCUGAUAAAUGAGCAGGUGGAGGGGGGGAGGAAGUUCGAGAACUCUGUAGGUUGCCGGUUAUUUGGAAUUGAUCUGACAAGUAACUCCGGCAUUGCUGCUGUUCCAGAGAAGGAACCUGCAUAUCCAAUUGUUGAUUAUAUUGGAACCCAAGGACUUGUUCCAGCUUCAAGUGAGGCUGAGAAGGCUCAAACCAUGGAUUUUUCAAUGUCCUCAAAAGAACAGAAGCAAGUUGUACCAGACACAUGGGCAAAGGAGUCACAAAGCAAGCAAAGCUCCACAACUUCCACGAGAACUCGUACCAAGGUGAAAAUGCAAGGGGUCGUUGUCGGCCGUGCUCUUGAUUUAACUGUGUUGAAGGGGUACAAGGAUCUUAUAAAUGAGCUGGAGAAAAUGUUUGAAAUUGGAGAACUUUCCAUGCGUGAAAAAUGGGCUAUUGUGUUUACAGAUAAUGAGGGCGAUACGAUGCUUGUGGGCGAUGAUCCGUGGCCUGAGUUCUGUAAGAUGGUGAAGAAGAUAUUCAUAUAUUCAAGGGAGGAAGUAAAGAAGAUGAACACACAAUGCAAGCUUCCUGCAUCUUCUUUUGAGGGUGAAGGGACUGUUAUAAGCAUGGAGUCGGAGCACAAGUCUGAUGCAUGAAAUUCAGAAACCCUUUUGCUUUAUACUGGGUUUUAUUUUAUUUUUGUUUUAUUUAGUUUGGGUAAAAAAGGAGGAAGCGUGGUGCUUAAGUUUGCUCAGUUUUUUUGGGAGCUUGCACUUGUUUGGUAAGGACUGAAGGAGGAAAGUAUUUUGGUCUCUAGGUAGCUGUAGUAGGGAUUUCGUGUUUUUUGUUAAAGGUCAAAUUAAGUCAGGGUUAGAACUGGUAUUUGCGUAUACCAUGAUUCUGGGUUGGCGAGGACUUUAAUUAAGCAGCCUGUAAAAAUUAUAUGUAUGCGUGCUUGUGUUUUGGCUGGCAGUUGGUUCUUGGUUUCUUGCCAGUGGAAGCUGUGACUUGUUGCUUUCACUAUUUACCAUUUUCUGUGCCUACCUCAGGGAAAGCCAACAGAGAAGAUGCCCUCAUUUUCUUUCCUUGAACUCGCUUUAUCUGAUUUUGUUUUCUGGGACCAUUACA